GUCUCACACUCACAGCCACUCUGCUGCAGACGGGAGCCGGCUCUGCAGCGCAGUGAGAGAUCGAGAGAGGGAGAGAGAGAGAGAGAGAGAGGGAUUCUCUGGGCCCAGACAAAGACAGACAGGCAUCCUACUAUGGAUUAGGAGGACCUGACAUACAGCUGGAUUGUGGAGUCUUACAGAGAGAGAGAGAGAGAGAGAGAGAGAGAGGUUGUUUUGUGCGGGAGAGGUGUGUGUUUUGUGUGGGGUGUUGUUUGUGUGUAUUGUGAGACAACGUGUGCUGUGUCUGUAUAUGUGUCUGAGUGUGUCCUGUAUCUGUGUGAGAGUCAGUGGGUGCAUCAGUCCCUGUGUGUGUGUGUGUUUAUCCUGCACAUAUUACCAGGCAUAGAGUGGGUCUCUCUUGCUCGGUGUCCCCCCGCGUGGGCUCUCCUCCUGGGUGUUGCUAGACAUACAUCUCCCCCGGGCUGGUUCUAGGCCUGGGGGUAUGACCAGGGAAGGAAAGCCAGUCCAGAGAACCAACAGGACAUCACAGACCAGGCACAGUUUCUUCAGAUGACACCUGGCAUACCUCUACCACCACCACCAUGGAGGUAUCUUACCUAGACAUUAUAUACCUCUACCACCAUCAGCCAGGCUGCAAUACAAAAACGAAGAUACUGAAAGUUCACUCCUGAUCACUUGCCAUUUGCUAGUUUUUUUGUAUGUUCCUACUGCCUUUGUGGCUUGAACCGGGAUUAGGUGUACAUUAACUUGCCUGACAGCUUUACUAUACACAUUGAAAAUACCCAUUGCAGGAAAAAUGUGGUUUAGAUAUUUUUGGAGAGAAGCGCAGCUCUCCCUAGCAACUCUAUCCGUCUGACUGGUCGGGUUUUCCUCUCCACCCGUUCGGUCCACCCAUCCAUCAGGGAGCGAGAGAACAUUAAUCAAGCUGUUGACGCUAAGAGGAUCAAUAACAUGAGCGGUUAGCUAUGACCCCUGGCUGAACAUGAGCGGUUAGCUACCAUCCCUGGGCCUCCACGGAUCAUUGACAUCACAGGAGGUUGUGAUCAACCAGGAAGAGAAAAGUUGACCUGCAGUUUUCUUGACAUGGCACCAACGUGGAAAAUGACCCAUGGAUUUAGGGUUAGAGCGGAAUCCUCACCUUUCACUUGGAGGAAUAGGAAUGUUGUUCCUCCACUCAGAUGAAGCCUCAAAAACUGUUAAUUUCCUUGGGUGAAAGAGAAAGGGAUGAAGUGAUUGAGGAAGAGAUAGCGACUGAGAGAGAGAGGAGAGGUAGAAUUCUCUGGGGGAAUCCAGCGAUGCGACGUUCACGAUGAAGACCACGACAAUGUGCCGGAAUGAGUUUGAUGUCCUAGUUGGAAGUCUUCCCAGGAAAAGUAGGGAGAGACAUAUUUUCUCUUUUUGUUGUACUAUUGCAGAAUAUCCUUCUAACAGUAAAAGAGAGCGACAGGGGAUUUCCUGACUUGACUGGUUUCUGGUAGACUUUUCUGUGGAGUUUGUUUUUCAGGAGGGUAUUGAAAGAUCCUUACACACAUUCGCCUUAACCACUGAAUCCUGGACAAAUAUUUACCAUGGUGUUGUCCCACUGGGCACAGACGUCAGUUCAACGUGUCGUUUGUAUUUACAUUUGGCUGAGUUGUCAAUUAUUGUAAAUUCAACAUGAAAUCAACAAAAAAUAUCACCAUGUCAAUGGAUUAAGGUUAAAAGUUAAGUGAAAAAAAUACGAAAUGCCCUUACGGUGAUGACUUUCUGCAAAGCCAAUGAGUUUUCCAUGUUAAUUCAACGUCAUGACAUAGAUUAUUUGGGUUGAAAGGAUGUGGAAACAACGUUGAUUCAACCAGUUGUUGCCCAGUGGGGUAGUUCUAACCCCCGGCAUAAACCAGUUCACCAAAUAUAAUUUGGACAAAUGUCACUCUCCCCAGCUAAAUCGAAACUCUGCUGCACUUUGAGAAGCCAUCAAAUUUGACUUUCAAAAACAUGAAAAAGAGGGGAGAGAACCAAACGGUGAGAGACCAUGUUUGUGGGAUUCUAGUUUUUUAUUUGAACCUUUGAGUGACAAAUACUGUAGCAAAACAAGCACACACCUUUAGCUUAAAUGAAGGCAGGUCGCUCUCAGGCGGGACGGGAGAAGAAAAUGAUGCACGUGAACAACUUCCCCUUCAGGAGGCAUUCCUGGAUCUGCCUCCCCCUGCAGUGUCGCUUCCAGUCCCCUCCCUGAGGUCUGUCAUGGAACCCCUGGACCACACAUUCUGGACCUCUGGACUGUGCCCUUGGAAUCCUGUGCCCCCUGACCAGGUCUCAGGCCGAGGCACCAAGCGAAAACGCUUUCUCAAAUCUUACAGCUUCGAUGUGGACAAUGGCACAUCAUCGGGACGCAGCCCCCUGGACCCCAUGGCCAGUCCAGGGUCAGGGCUCAUCCUGCAGGCCAACUUUGUCCACAGUCAGCGGAGAGAGUCCUUCCUAUAUCGCUCGGACUCGGACUACGACCUGUCACCCAAGUCCAUGUCCAGAAACUCCUCCAUCGCCAGUGACAUGAAUAACCACCUGCAGAGGCCAGGCCUGACCUCGCGACGGUCUGAGCCCGUCAUUAGUGGAAACCAUGGCGACGACUUGAUAGUCACACCAUUUGCACAGGUACUGGCUAGUUUGAGAACGGUACGGAAUAACUUUGCUGCACUAACCAACUUGCAACAAGACAGAGCCUCAAACAAGCGGUCCCCUAUGUGUAACCAACAACCACCCAUCACCAAGUCCUCUUUCUCAGAGGAGGCCUACCAGAAGCUGGCCACAGAGACGCUGGAGGAGCUGGACUGGUGCCUGGACCAGCUGGAGACCCUGCAGACCAGACACUCUGUCAGCGAGAUGGCCUCCACCAAGUUCAAGAGGAUGUUGAACAGGGAGCUGUCUCACCUGUCUGAGAUGAGUCGCUCAGGGAACCAGGUCUCUGAGUUCAUCUCCAGCACCUUCUUAGACAAGCAGCAUGACGUGGAGAUGCCAUGUCCACAGACGCAGAAGGAGAGGACGGACAAGAAGAACGCCAAGCCCAUGUGUCAGAUCAGUGGCGUGAAGAAGCUGCAGCACAGCACUAGCCUCUCCAACUCUAAUAUACCUCGCUUCGGGGUCAAGACCGACACAGAGGACCAACUGGCUACGGAGCUUGAGGACAUCAAUAAAUGGGGCCUUAAUCUUUUUAAAGUCACCGAGCUUUCAGGAAACAGGCCUUUAACAGUCAUGAUGUACACAAUUUUCCAGGAAAGAGAUUUAUUAAAAACAUUCAAAAUACCAUUAGACACCUUUAUAACCUACCUGAUGACUCUAGAAGACCAUUACCACGGCGAUGUAGCCUAUCACAAUAACAUCCAUGCUGCUGAUGUCACCCAGUCCACUCACGUGCUGCUGUCCACGCCUGCUCUAGAGGCUGUGUUCACAGACCUGGAAAUCCUAGCUGCCAUCUUUGCCAGUGCUAUUCAUGACGUCGACCACCCUGGGGUCUCCAACCAGUUUCUCAUCAGCACCAACUCGGAGCUGGCCCUCAUGUACAAUGACUCGUCAGUCCUAGAGAACCAUCACCUGGCUGUGGGCUUCAAGCUGCUGCAGGAAGAGAACUGUGACAUCUUCCAGAACCUGACCAAGAAACAACGGCAGUCCCUCAGGAAGAUGGUCAUAGACAUGGUACUAGCUACUGACAUGUCCAAGCACAUGAAUCUCCUAGCUGACCUGAAGACCAUGGUGGAGACCAAGAAAGUCACCAGCUCUGGAGUGCUACUACUAGAUAACUACAACGACAGAAUACAGGUCCUCCAGAACAUGGUGCAUUGUGCGGAUCUCAGUAACCCUACCAAGCCCCUGCAGCUGUACCGUCAGUGGACCGACCGCAUUAUGGAAGAGUUCUUCAGCCAGGGGGACAGGGAGAGGGAAAGAGGCAUGGAGAUCAGCCCCAUGUGUGACAAACACAACGCCUCUGUACAGAAGAGCCAGGUGGGAUUCAUCGACUACAUCGUCCACCCUCUGUGGGAGACCUGGGCUGAUCUGGUGCACCCUGACGCUCAGGACAUCCUGGACACUCUGGAGGACAACAGGGAGUGGUACCAGAGCAUCAUCCCCCAGAGCCCCUCGCCCGCACCGGACGAACCCGACGAUGGCAGCGGACGUCCCCCUGGAGGGGACAAGUUCCAGUUCGAGCUCACUCUGGAAGAGGACGGAGAGUCAGACACGGAGAAAGACAGUGGAAGUCAACCAGAAGAAGAAGAGGAGAAUAGUUGUAACUCGAAAACGCUCUGUACGCAGGACUUGGAAUCCACGGAGAUCCCGUUGGAUGAGCAGCCGGAAGAGGAGGUGGAGGAGGAGGAGGUGGUAGUGGUAGAGGAGGAGGAGGAGGGCGAAGGGGUACGCAGGGAACCAAGUAUGGCGGAGUUGGAGGAGGAGGAUGAGGAGGGAGAGGGGGAAGGGGAAGGGGAGGAGGGCGAGGAGAAGCAAAGAGCGGCCGAUACAUAGCAGCAGUGGAAAUUGCGCGGGUUGCCAAACUGCGAGAGAGAGACUGUUGCGUUCCAACGGCGAAUCAAGGGACGAGGUGAAUGCUAGUAAUCGCCACAAUGUUGGUGAUGUGGCGUCAUCGAGAGUUCCAAAGCGCACGUUGCACUCCUCAAUCCCAGUCUUCUCCUCACUCCACUCCACCUGGAGGCGAUAUGAGGGCACAUACCCUACACCUCCCCUCCCCCCAAGACUCCCUCCCUUGGAGCUUCACACUUUUACACUCAGGAAUAUUUUAGUCGACUUUCUUGCCUCCUUUUUUGUUUACCUUCUGGUUCGUUCGGCCUAUUGGGAGCGAGGUGACGUCUUGAGUUCAAUCGCCACCUCCCGCCUCUCCUCUAGCUCCUACCACUUCCUGUCAAUGCAGGAAGUAAACAGAAAGUGUUCUUUGACUCCAAGACUGAGCACAUGGGCAACACACAAGAUGCUUGGAACAGUCCUAACUGUAGCAUCAUGGGAGGACAGCCAGAUGAGGGAAAGAUGGAUUGCAAGGUGACCUCUGAACUGCAAGGUGACCCCAGUCCACUAAUACCAUCUGAAAAACCAAUGAGGGAUAUUAUAGGGAGAGACAGACAAAGACAUACUUUGCAAGAGGAUUUCAAAGAUACUUUUUUUUCUAAAGUUCAAGUCUUCCUUGAAACAAGACUGGUAGAAAACGCUGUUUUUGACCUCCUCAGUUUUUGUAUUGUAGUAAAACUGAAAUCUUUUUGUAGAUAACUUUUGCUAAUGGAGUGAGAGAGAGAGAGAGAGAGAGAGAGAAAAAGAGCGGAGGAAGAUGUUCAAUUAAGUCUUCUUCGUCAUAUAUUGCAUCCAUUGAAACUUGAUUUUUUUUUCGAAGAGAUGUUAUGCCAUAACAUAAUGCGUGUGGUCUUUCUGGGAAUGUGUGCUUGUCCUGAGUGGAUGUGACUAAGCUUUCUGCACUCAGUCUGCUUUCUUUUGCUAUCCUUCAUCUUCACACCCAGGUAUUUCAGAUAGGGGCAUCUUAUAUGAACAUGUGUGGUUUUCUGUUUGAGAGCGUUGGGGUUCUAACUUUACUGCAGUUUUAAAUGUACCACCUCUUUUUCUUUUUCAAAACAGAAAGAAGCUGGUAACUAAUGACCUUAAGAACAUAAUAAGGGUAUGUAAUAUACGUAGGCCAUGUUUCCAUUUAAAUAUGACAUGGUAGGUCUUGUUAACAUCCCGAGUAUGUAGUGAUUUAGUUCUUUCCAACCAAAUAUACUAUCCAAAUAGACUCUCCAGUCUAUCUACACAUUGUUAAAUCUGUUUUGAAAUAGGUGGUACAUUUUUCUCAGCUGUUAAGGAUGAUGAAUAACCCUCAUUGAUCUUCAUUUAGCUUCCAUAAACACUCAUCAGUUAUCAGUGAUAUCUGUAACACUUUAGCUUAUAGUCACAUGGCUAUAUCUUCUAUAUUUCAUCAUUUCAAAACUUUAUUCAUCUGAAGUACAAAGGGACUUGAGCUAAUGAUAAAACUGAUGUUGUUUUACACAUAACAAAUAAGGUUGUAUUCAUGUACACUCUGUAUGUAUUGCAAAAUAGAAAUAUUUGUCAAAUGAAAAUAGUGACUGUAUUCUAAAGUGUUCCGACACAUGUAUACCUGGUUGUGUUGAAUGGGCUAAGUCUCUGGAUCUGACCCUUUGUGUUGUAAUACAUCAAUAUCCCACAUCUCUGUUCAAUUUGUCUGUUUCAACUGUCAAGCAUCCAUCCAAUAAGGAUUACUAGAAUGACAAACACUUUGACAAUAUUUGCCUUUGUUCUUUUUCCAUUAUUAUUAUUAUUAUUUUGUCUUAUUGGAUUUCACAUUGGACAUUGACAAUCACCUGCAUAGUUUUAAAAUCUACCUUUCAUAUUUGAAUAGUUCAUAGGUAUGUGUGUAUAUGUAUAUAACUGUACUGCUAGCAUCAAAACCAUUAACAGACUCUUCCAUACAUGUCAUGCCUCAUAUGAGGACACACUCCCAUAUAAUACAUGGUAUUCGGAAAGAAUUCCACUAAAUUGAAGUAGUAGCACAGUAAUUGCAGAUGCUUUAUGUUUUAGAUUUCAUAUUGCAAUAUAUUUGCCAUUUUCAGGGGAAGGACUAGAUAUGGAUGACAUGUCAUUUCAACCCCUAUAUUGCUUUUUUAUUUUUGCCAAAACAACUUCUUCUUCUUCUUCUUCUCCCCUGCUGGACUUGCACAAUGCAGCACACACCAUUAAGUCAAGUGGUUUCUGUGUUGGUUUUUAAUAUUUCUUUAUUUAUAUUUAUUGAUUUGGUAACACUGUCUUUGAGUCACAUGUAGUAAUGCAUUAUGAAGCCUCAUAAAGGCUAUUUAAGGAGUUAUGAGCUGUUGUGAAUGCUUAUAAAAAUAUAUGUUUUAUUAAACCUUUAUUUAACCAGGAAAAGCCCAUUAUUCUAGUCCAUUAUGGGUGUGAAAGAAGGCUCUAUGAAUGCAUUAUAUAGACACAGGUGGUUAAUAGUGUUGCCAUGGAUUCUUUGUUUUUGUCACAGUUUGGCCAUCCUAAGUAAGACAGCACUGUAGAAUGCACAACCUGUAGCGUAACAACAUGAUGUGGACUCGCAAAAUACACUCUUUGUUCCUGUUCUGGUGAUAUGAUGUACGUAGACCAUAGAAAUAGAAUGACUAGAAUAGUCACUCUAUAGCCAUUAUAUUUCUAUGCUUAUAAUCAACACUUCUGUCAUACAUGGGGAAAAAAGGAAACAUGUCCACAUUGAAAAGACUUGAACCUGGAUUUUAAAGUAAAAAUGUUAAUAUUUUAUUAUUGGGUAGUGGUAUAUUUCUUUACAAUUUCAUUUCUCGGGCCAUCUUUUUGUUGUGUUUUUUUUGCUUGCCUCACCGGACGACCUUACCUGUUAAUGGAUUUUUCUCAUUUGUCUCUGUUUACAACCAUGUAUUUAUUAAGCUGUACAUAUUGUAGUGUUGCAUUCUGUAAAUUACGGAUUCUUACUCUAUCAUCCGAUGGUGUUGGUAUAUUUGGAAAACCUCUUGUUGAGAGAAUGUUUAUUAUGAUCCAUACUUACCCAAUGUAUAAAUCUCUUCUGUACAAAAAUGAUAAAAGUGAAUGAAAUUAAA